CGAGCGGGCCUGCCGGGCCCGGGGCCCCCACGGAGGGCGGAGGCCGGCCCUGCCUCGGGUUUCGCCCCCAAAGUGCCUUUCCUGUGCGUGGCGACGGGACUAUCCGAGAAAGGGCGCGGCCGCGACGGUGUUGUCUCCGCAGGGCGGGUCCUCCGACGGCCCGCGGCGACGCGCGGGAAGAUGCUCGACGUGCUGGUGCUGAAGAUUGAAGAUCCGGGAUGCUUCUGGGUUAUUAUAAAAGGAUGUAGUCCCUUUUUAGAUCAUGAAGUUGAUUAUCAAAAACUAAAUAGUGCCAUGAAUGACUUCUAUAAUAGCAUGUAUCAAGAUAUAGAAAUAAAGCCAUUAACGUUGGAAGAAGGGCAGGUCUGUGUGGUUUACUGCCAGGAACUGAAGCGCUGGUGCAGGGCUGUCAUUAAGUCCCUCGUGUCUUCGGCCGACCAUCACCUGGCGGAGUGCUUCCUGGUGGAUUUUGCCAAGUACAUCCCGGUGAAAUCUAAAAACAUCCGAGUUGCAGUAGAAACCUUUAUGCAGCUUCCCUACCGCGCGAAGAAAUUCAGACUGUACUGCACGAAGCCGGUUACGUUACACAUUGACUUCUGCGAAGACAGCGCUGAAAUCGUACCUGCCAAGAAGUGGGACAGCGCAGCUAUUCAGUACUUUCAGAACAUCCUGAAAGCAACUACCCAGGUGGAAGCCAAAUUGUGUGCUGUGGAAGAAGAUACUUUUGAGGUCUACCUUUAUGUAACUAUAAAAAAUGAAAAAGUCUGUGUUAACGAUGAUCUGGUUGCAAAGAACUUUGCUUGUUACAUAUCCCCCAAGGAGAAUAAGAACCUUCAUUCUGUAGAGAAGCCACGAUUGAAUAGAAAGUCGGCAUCCUUUUCCAGUAAACUCAAUCCAGCCCUUACUCUUUGGCCAAUGUUUUUGCAAGGAGAAGAUUCUCAGGGAAUGGAAAAUUCACAUGACUUAACGUUUCUGGCUCAGUCUCGUCAGCAUCCGUGGCCCAAGGCUGUUGUUGGUGACCUUGGGCCAGCUGCUGUGAUCCUGGAUAAAACUAUAAACUGUAGUACGGGUUCAUUGGGAGGCUUGUCUAAAAAAAAAUCUGAAAAGAAGCAACAGCACAUCUCUUUGAAAGAUAUAAAUAAGUGUGCUGAGUCUUCGGUGUCCUGGCCAACGAAGAGGGGAAUAACUAUAUACGCGGAGCCAGAUAUACCAACAGCAAGCUCUUUAUGUCAGAAGCCAAAUAAGAAGCCUCUUAGGUGGGCCGAGAAGAAAGAACACAACGAGAAGAAUGGCUGUGUGAAAUUAUUGCAGUUUUUAAAUCCGGAUCCUUUGAGAACUGAUGGAAUCUCUGAUCUUCAGAAGCUGCAGAAGCUGCGGUCGGGGUCCCCACAGCCAGUCCCUGUGCUCCGGAACAAGAUCGAGCCUUGCUUGUCAGUUGAUGCGUCACCACUUUCGGCUGACCUGAAAAAGGCCCUUCACAGAAACAAGUUUCCGGGACCCAGCCACACCGAAUCCUACUCUUGGCCUCCCAUAGCGAGGGGCUGUGACGCGGUGGUCAUUUCUCACUGCGGGAAUGACCCUCUGCUGUACCUUCCACCGCUCCUUACGAUUCUGCAAACAGGGGGCUGUUACAAGGCUUUACCAAGCAGAAACGGACCUCUGGCAGUCAUUGUGUGCCCUGGGUGGAAAAAGGCCCAGUUCAUCUUUGAAUUACUGGGCGACUACGGCGCGUCCUCCAGGCCUCUUCACCCGAUGCUGCUAACGAUCGGACUCCACAAAGAUGAAGCCAAAAACAUGAAGCUUCCGAGGGGUUGUGAUAUAAUUGUGACGACCCCCCACAGCCUCCAGAGACUUCUCCAGUAUCAGAGCUUGUUAUUUCUCAGACUCUGCCACCUCGUGUUGGAUGAGGUGGAAGUAUUAUUCCUCGAAGCUAAUGAAGAAAUGUUUGCUAUAUUAGAUAACUUUAAAAGAAAUAUUGACGUUGAAGAAAGGGAAUCUGCACCACAUCAGAUUGUUGCCGUUGGAGUACAUUGGAGCAGACAAAUAGAACAGUUGAUGAAAGAGUUCAUGAAUGAUCCCUACGUUGUGGUCACGGCCCUGGAAGAGGCUGCUCUCUAUGGCAGUGUCCAGCAGGUAGUGCACCUUUGCCUGGAAUGUGAAAAAACCUCUACUUUACUCCAGACUCUAGAUUUCAUUCCAAGUCAAGCACAAAAGACCUUGAUCUUCACUGGUUCUGUAGCUGAAACAGAAAUUGUGUGUAAGGUAGUAGAAAGCAGUUCAAUAUUUUGCUUGAAAAUGCAUAAAGAAAUGGUUUUUAAUUUAAAAAGUAUUUUAGAACAGUGGAAGAAGAAGUUAAGUUCUGGCUCUCACAUUGUAUUAGCCUUAACUGAUGACUGCAUACCGCUCUUGACCGUCACUGACGCCACGUGUGUGAUUCACUUCAGCUUCCCCUCCUCACCCAAAGUGUUUGGUGGACGUCUGUUUUGCAUGUCUGAUCAUUUUCAGAGUUCAGCCGAACAGGGUUCUCCUGCAGAACAGGGAGAUAAGAAAGCCAAGUCUGUCUUGCUGCUGACGGAGAGGAACGCGUGCCACGCAGUCGGUGUCCUGCGCUAUCUGGAGCGAGCCGAUGCCAGGAUUCCUGUGGAGCUGUAUGAGUUUACUGCUGGGGUUCUAGAAGCCAAAGAAGAUAAGAAGGCCAGAAGACCUCUUUGUCCAUAUCUUAAGUCUUUUGGUUUUUGCAAAGACAGAAGGAUAUGUCCUGAUCGACACCAUGUUAAUCCAGAAAUAGACACACCAAGGAAAUUAUCCAACCAGACGCUACCAACGUUUGGAUACAUCAAAAUAAUACCCUUUUAUAUUUUGAAUGCAACGCAUUACUUUGGCCGUAUAGUUGAUAAGCAUGUGGAUCUUUAUGCGGCCCUUAAUGCUGAAAUGAAUGAGUAUUUUAAGGGUAACAGCAACAAAACAACUGUUGAAAAGGUGGAGAAAUUUGGAUUAUAUGGAUUAGCAGAAAAAACACUUUUUUACAGGGUCGAGGUGCUGGAGAUGAGCCAGAAAGAAGACAGCUGGGGCCCGGACAGUGUCCUCGUGAGGUUUAUAGAUGAAGGCCGGACUGGACUGGUCACGAGUCACCAGCUGCUGCGUCUCCCAGAACAUUUCCACACUCUGCCUCCCCAGGCGGUGGAGUUCAUCGUUUGCAGAGUGAAACCUGCUGACAAUGAAGUUGAAUGGAAUCCAAAGGUCACUAGGUACAUUCAUCAUAAAAUCAUUGGGAAAUUGCAUGAUGCCAAAGUGGUACUGGCUUUAGGAAACACAGUGUGGGUCGAUCCAAUGGUGCACGUUACAAAACUUUCAAAUUUGAAGACGUCUGUCAUUGAUUAUAACGUUCGUGCUGAAAUUGUGUCAAUGGGCUUGGGUGUUGACAACUCGGAGCACGUGGAACAACUGAAGACGCUGCACCAAGGAGCUCAAGUGCCACCUGGUGAAGAAAGCCUGAGCCACGCCCUGGCGCCUUCUCCAGCAGAAGAUGCCGCUGGUCUGCAGAGCACGCAGGAGGACAGGGGCUCGGGAGGAGGUGCUGACUCCGAGGCGAAGCUGGAAAACCAAAAGCAUGAAACUUCACCUGAAAACACAAGAGAUUCUUCCCUUAACAAAACCACAGAACCUCUGAAAAGCUUCCACCCACAAGUCAAAUGGUUCCAAAAAGAUGAUGUGGUCAUACUGAAGAUAAGGCUAAGGAACGUAAAAGAUCACAACUGCAAAUAUUUCCAGGAUAGAGUCGUUUUCAGCGCCUGGGCGGGAGAGAAGUUUUACAUGGCCGAUAUGGAGCUGCAGGGCAACAUAGUCGGAGACGACUGCAAGUGCACGAUUAUGGGCGAGGAGCCUGUGAUCACGCUGGCGAAGGAGAGAAAGGAGCCUUGGCGCAGCUUACUCAAGCGGAGGAAUCCUAAUGUGGCUUUUGAUUUUGAUCACUGGGAAGAACACGAAGAGGAGAGCCGCUUCCCCAAGGUUGUGAAUUGUAAAAACCUGUCCCUGAAAGUGGCAGAGGUGGCUGAGAGCAGUGCCACAACGUCCGAGGACAGCGGAAGUGAGAGUGAAUGAGCAGAGUCAGACCCGGAAGGGUGGCGAGCACCGCACACGGAUGGACACGCCACGUGGCCGAGAUUUCGGGAAACAAGGCGCCAUGGCCAACCUGUCCUUGACUCAAGGGUAAAUUGGGACCCGGUGUCAUCCCAUGCACAGGGAUUGUUACUGCUGGGAAACGGGCUUCAGGGGCUC